AUGAGCGUGAUUUUUCGACCGCAACAGAUAUGUGCUGAUUUAUUGCAUCGUUUACUUAUAUCUAUAAAAUGCUCACAAUUCUACUGUGGGGCGGCUAGUCGGUGUUCUGCUGCUGUAGAAGAGCGUGAUCUAUAUCAAAUAUUAGGUGUGGAAUCAUCUGCUUCGACAAAAGAAAUUAAAGCUGCUUAUUACCAGCUAUCUAAAAUCUAUCAUCCUGACAGACAUGAAUUCGAAAAUAAGAAGCAGCUGGCUACGGAAAAAUUCUUGCAGGUAGCGGAAGCAUACGAAGUUCUAUCCUCCGAUGAAAAACGCAAAGCAUAUGAUAAUAAGUAUCAAAAGCGUAAUAUUCAGACCUCCACUGGGAGUUGGCCUACGCGGUCAAUAAGAGUAAAAAAGAAUUUCGAAGAUUUAGGAUUAGAUUAUAAAACAUUCGAAGAAUUCCAAAGAAGUGUAAAUAACAGGAGGCGCAUGCAGCAUCACCACUGGCAAAUGCCUAAUGAAUAUUUUGCUCAUUUCGGCAGUCACCGUAAAUUUGCCGAUACUUUCCGUCCACGAACAACCUCUUAUUUUACUUAUAGUUACAAGGAUCCGAUGCAGCGACAGCGUGAGAUGAAAGAAUGGCUAAUUUUAAAGGAGAUUGAAGAAGAAAAACUAAAAUCUAAAUAUAAAAUACCAACUUUUGCAGCGAUGGAAAAAGAACGGUUAAGUCGAGAACGAAGGGAAAAAAUGAAAUCCAAUAUUUUACUUCUUGUUUCUGGAUGCCUUUUGGUGUUCUUUUACAAACAUAAUGCGUAG